AUGGCAGGGCCUGAAGAACAGUUUAUCCAACUCACCAAGGCCACCGGCCUUGUGCCAGAAUCAACGGUUGAGAAUGUAUACAACCAAUUGAAGCCAGUUCCUCCAUCCUUCCUGAUAGGCAAAUGGGACGGCGGUGAUAUCGAUACGGGACAUAUUGGACACAAGCUUUUAAAGGAUAUGAAAUGGGCUGGAAAAGACUUCCGGUCGGUAGACGACGGUGAUCCAAUCAUGGUUUAUGAUGCAGAAGGCAACCGGGUAUGGAGGGAAGAUUGGGGACAUUGCUCGCUACGGGAGAUGGUCUAUCGAGGAGUAACCUCGACCGCCAUGAUCUAUGACCAGAAGCCUAUUUUUGACCACUUUCGUUAUGUGACGGAUAAUAUGGUUGCUGGUGCCAUGGAUACACCCAAGCUGUUCGGUACCAAGGGUACCUACUAUUUCUAUUUGACUCGGCGUAGCUCAUCCUCGCUGUGA